AAUAUGUCUUUCACAAUACAACUUUAAGGCCACUUGAACAACCUAGGUAGCAGAAGCGCCCACGUGACGCCUCUGCGUGAAUAUCAGAUUUCGGCACAUUUUUGAUAAGCCAGAUUUUUUUUUAAAUCAAAUUAUAUCCUUGACACACAUACGCUGAAGGAGUUGCUAUAAAAGUAGCUCAGUGCACAUCAUUUGCUCUGUGCGAUUCUUGCUUUCCGUAACACGUCAAAAGCCUUGAAAAAAAUUUCCUAGCUAACUUCUACUUAUCCCAGCCAAACUCAUUCGACAUGGCAGUAAGUUUUUUUUCUUCUUUUUUUUUCUUAAUAUAAAAAAAAUCAAUAUUUUUUUUUUUUGUACUUAUGAUACUUGCUUGUUGGUUUUCAAAAUGUCACAGGACAUACACGUGCGAUCACGUCUUAAUAUAACGCGAAGACAUUUUCUUGAAGAGCUAACCUGUUUCGUUGAAUGUUCAACAAGUACUUUCUUUUUUUUUUUUCAUUAACAAAUGUUACUUUUUAUGUCACUGACCUUGCAGAAGUAAAAUACUUAUUUAAUAUGCACUCCCUCGUAACUGUGAUCUCAGCAUUCAAUCCCCAAACCCCACCCCCCCCCCUUUUUUUUUUUUCCAAAAUGGUCUUAGUUGUUUUUUCCCCAUCUUCUACCGCGUUCUUUUCUUAUUUGAUACAAUCGUAACACAUGUCACAAUAUUGGCUGCAUAUAUAAAUGUUCGGUUUCAACUUUUAAAUGCGGCAGCCACCCCCCCUCCCCGCAUCCAUUUCCCUUUUUUAUCUCAUUUAUAAACAACAAAUUGUUUACAAAAGCAUGUAAGAUUAUAAGAUAGACUGUAAACGGUUUUUUUUUUAAAGACCAACUUUCAAAGUGAUUUCUUAACUUUUCAAAUUUAUUGUUGGAGUUUUAUUUAAUUUUUUUCUAAUGCUACAUGUUCCCUAUGUGCUUGGAUGAUUCUGGAGCAUUGGAUCACUAAACUUUAUACAGGUGAAUUAGUGGAGGCGUCCAAUUUUCAGAGCGUCGAUUAUCCGAAAAGCCGAUUGUCCGGAUUGCAACAUGUCAUUUUGAAAAAAAUCAUAAGCGUACGCAACACGCAUGACACGGCGCAUGACAUGGCACACUGGUGCGUAACACGAUGCUCUGGUGCAUAACACGAUGCUCUGGUGCAUAACAUGGCGAAAUGGCGAAUAACAUGGCUCACUAGCGCAUAACAUGGCGCACUGGUGCAUGACAUGGUGCACUCGCGAAUGACUCCACGCACUGGUGCAUGACACGGUGCACAGACAUAUGACACGGUGCACUGGCGCAUGACACGGCGCACUGAAGCAUAACAUGGUGCACUGGCGCACGACUCCUGCACUGGUGCAUGGCACGGUGCAUGACUGUAUUUUGUAUAAGCUACUCAUCUAAUUUUUCAAACGACCUUGUUUUGUUUUGUUUUUUGCCUGAAAUAUUUGUAGUCCUCACCAUUGCUUGACAAAUACCAAUAACCACUUCUAAAUGUGAUGUGUACUUAUUUUCAUGAUUCCGAAACAAUUUAUACAUUGUUCCAUACAAUUUUACCAUAAUCAGUCCAGGAGAUCCUAAAUUUACUACAUCUGAAAGACUAACAUUCAACAGUGCAUAACAGCUUAUUUUCAUAGGUCCAUAACAUUUUACAUUGAUCAGUCUAUAAAAUCCUACGUUUCUUAAUUCAGAACAACUUAAUUCCAUGAGUCCAUAACAUCUUACAUUCAUCAGUCUAUGAAAUCCUAACAUCAUAAAUGUAUCAAUCAACAACAACUUAAAUUUUCAACAUUCAUCCGCCCAUAACAAAUUACGUUCAUCCCUCCAUUGUUGAGAGUCCUUCGCAUGCGAAGGUGACCAAGGCUGUAUUAUAAGAUUUGUACGCUGGUGGUUUGCCAGUCCUAUUUGUGCCUGGCACGCUUUCCCGCUCGUAGGACACACGUUGUUUUUGAGUCAUUGUUGGAUUUGAGUCGAUUCUGUUGUUUUUUCCUCCAUGCCAAGCGCUUUCUUUGUUUGUGGGCAGUGCGUAUAUUGUCUGACGAGUGUGCUCCAACAGUCAAGUGAAUCUUCCCUCUUAAUUUUUACGAUCUAUAGCUAGUAUUUCCCACGAAUAAAGUUCACUGUCCGUGGAUUUUGGUGAAUUUUUCAGAGCGCCCUUCAAGCGAUUUUUCUACACACCAGAUGAGCGCCCCCCCCCCCAGGAGACUUCCUAAACAACGAAGCAACAUCAUUCCCCACUAUCAUUCUACAACAUCAUUCCACGACAUCAUUUCCCAAAAUCAUUCCCAAACAUUAUUCCACAACAUCAUUCCACAACAUCAUUCCACAACAUCAUUCACCAACAUCAUUCCCCAACAUCAUUUCACAACAUCAUUCCCCAAAAUCUUUUCCCGACAUCAUUCCCCGACAUCAUUCCACAACAUCAUUCCCCAACAUCGUUCCACAACAACUUACAUUCAUCCGUUCAAAACAACUUGCACUCAUCCGUCCACAACAACUUACUUUCAUCAGUCCUUAACAGCAUACAUUUAAAAUUCCAUUACAUCUUCUGUUUAUCCGCCUAUAGCAAAUUACCUUCAUCAGUCCCCAACGGCAUACAUUUCCCACUUCAUAACAUCCUACAUUAUUCAGUUUAUAACAUUCUUCAUUCUUCAGUCGAUAACAUCCAACGUUCUUCAGUCCAUAAUAUCCCACAACAUUCUUCAUUCCAUAAUAAGUCUUUGAAUGUUAAUCUUAAUCUUAAUCUUAACAUGUUUUUUUUUCAAAUGUUUUUUUUUUGAGGGGGUAGUGAGGGUUAAGGGAGGAUGGGAGGUUGGUGGGGUGGGGUCGAAGAAGGUUGCGAGUUGUGAUGCGUCAUCAAUGUUUUAUACUCGAUCUCUACUUGAGCUACAGUACUCGGUAGGCCUACUACUUUGAAAAGUCCGGGAAAUUUCGAAAACUGUUUUCUCUGAACCUUGUCGUUUCAGUGCAACCAGGCUGUCUAUACCAUUCCACAAGGACCACUGCCGGGGAAAAAGAUAACCAUCCGUGGAACACCAAAGUGUGACGCCAGCAGGUAAUCCAGUGGAAAACUUAAAUUUUGUUCACAAUCUAGCGCUCUACAGAUUGGAUGAAAUUGAAGAUUUAGAAAGGGCUCUAUCCGCGAAGAGACGAGAGGCAACUAAUUCAGUGCUCAAUGAACGCUACUUGAUGAUGCCGCAACACAUUUGACGCGUGACAAAAUCAAUCUUCCUUCACAAUGUGCAGGGACUCUCAAACCGAAAUUUCUGUGUGCUGAUUGUUGAGUUUUUUUUUUUUUCUUUUUUUUUUUUUAAUUUAUUUAAAUAUAUUUUAAAAAAACAGUGACAUAAUAGUGCCACGUCAUUAUUUUCUAUAACAAUAAUUUUAAAACAAGUUGAUUCAUUGCGUAAUAUAUAAAAAUAGUAACACACAUCCAGUGGCGUAGACAGGGUACGUGCCGUCACGGGCGUUUCAAGAUUUUUCGCCACCCUCUUCCAUGACAAAACCCUGCGGCUAUUCGAAAAUGUCACUUACCCAUUAAAAGAACAAAGGUGCCGCCCGGGUCUCAAGCCCCGCUCCUUUGCACCCCACAUUCCUACGCCACGGUGUCGGCCACACCAUCAUUAGUAUCUGGCACUCCCGUUUUAAAAAGGUGGUGUGUUGAGUAAUUCAAACUCAAUGCAUUACGCCCCUCGCAAUACGCUUGACUUCACCCACACACCACUCCCAACACAAAUUAAGAAAAAUGAAUCCUGCAACGCCUCUGAAAAAUAGAAAAAACAGUGUAAUAUAACUUUGAUAAACAAUAUGAAAAGUAACUUUGAUAAACAAAUGAAAAGUAGCUUUGAUAAACAAUAUGAAAAGUAUCAUUGAUAAUCAAUAAGAAAAUGGUAUCAUUAAUUGCUCGUUGAAAUAACUCUUCAUUGAAAAUAAAAGAAAGUUUAACAUUCUCAAAUUCAAUCACCCCCCCCCCCCAACCUUUUUCUUUCAGUUUCAGCAUCAAUGUCGCCCUGGGACCAAACUUCGACAGUGAUGACGUGGCCUUUCACUUCGCUGUCAGAUUUAUGAUAAUAAAUAAAAAAAUGGUAUCAUUAAUUGCUCGUUGAAAUAACCCUUCAUUGAAAAUAAAAAAAAGUUUAACAUUCUCAAAUUCAAUCCCCCCCCCCCCCAACCUUUUUCUUUCAGUUUCAGCAUCAAUGUCGCCCUGGGACCAAACUUCGACAGUGAUGACGUGGCCUUUCACUUCGCUGUCAGAUUUGAUACCAAUUCCGUCGUCUGCAACGAUAAGACAGUGUGCGGGUGGGGCAAGGAGGAGGUACAUGACUGUAACUUCCCCUUUUGUAAAAAAGCGCCUUUCACAGUUGAGCUCCUGAUUGACCAGUGUGGAUACAAGGUAACUUACUUUAUCAAUUUUGUUUAUUUUUUAUUUUUUUGUUUUGCUUCACAUUUUGAAGCCAUAGAUUCUUAUCUUACCUGUAGUAUGACUCUCGACGGAAGUAUUAUGAAGACAAAAGUUGUAUUAUUUUGUUGUGAAAUUGAACAUGUUAAAAUUCGAGGCCGACCUCAUGAAGCUUCGACUUCGACCCUUAUAAACUUAUAUUUAAAAAAAAAAAAAGUACUUAUAGAAAUAGUAAGUAUAAGUACAUAUAGAGAUUGUACACAUAAUUACGUAUAGUGAUUGUACAUAUACGUACAUAUAGAGAUUGUACACAAAAGUACUUCCAAUUAUUUAUUUUUUUAACACAAGUCAUUUUUUUUAUGAAAAGAAAAAAAAAAUAAUAAGAGGUAGGAUGAUUUUUCAAAAGAAUAUCUCUACUGUAUCUGUCGAUGUCGAUAUGUCAUCAGAUUUAUUGUUAAAUCCGGAUUCAGUUGUUGUUGGUUGUUGUUUUUUUUUUUUUUUUUUUUUUUUUUUAGUUAAAAAAUAAGAGGUAGGAUGAUUUUUCAAAAGAAUAUCUCUACUGUAUCUGUCGAUGUCGAUAUGUCAUCAGAUUUAUUGUUAAAUCCGGAUUCAGUUGUUGUUGGUUGUUGUUUUUUUUUUUUUUUGUUUUUUUUUUUAGUUAAAAUAAUCAUAAUUAAGCCAAAUAAAUACUUCGAACCAAUGAAUUAAUUUUAAGUUUGAAGUAGUAAACUGAAUCGUAUGUGCAUCUUCAAUUGCUUUUCUAAAGAUGACUGUCAUCAUAAUAUAGUUAGGCAUGGGCAACGGCUUACCCUGGGGUGGGUAGAGGGUGGCGCCCUUUCCUAUGCCAUAAAAAAUACGCCGUCAAGGAAGCCUUGGUUUUUCUCUGUUGCAACCCUCGAAGUUCUGCUGGUAUACCAUCUGAGACGUACACUUUGAGCACUGCUGCUCGUAUACCAUCUGAGCCAUCCACUUUUUAGCAGUUCUGCUGGUAUACUAUCUAAGCCAUCCACUUAGAUAAGAUCUGCUGGUAUACCAUCUGUGACAUCAACUUAGAUAAGUUCUGCUGGUAUACCAUCUUAGCCACCAACUUUGAGCAGUUCUGCUGGUAUACCAUCUGAACCAUCAACUUAGAUAAGGUCUGCUGGUAUACUAUCUGAGCAAUCAACAUAGACAAGUUCUGCUGGUAUACCAUCUGAGCCAUGAACCUUGCCAUUUUCAGAAGUGGCAUCACAGAUUUUACUUAAUUAUGUAUUUUCGUUGGACUUUUGUAUAUUUUUGGUCGAUUCCAUAGUUGCAUAAUAUGUCUACUAUUUCCUGUAUACUUCAUAUCUAUACAACAAGUUAAGAGCGUUUGUCUCUGUCUUGUAGACUAAUUUUCUAUACAACAAGAUAAGAGUCUUUGUCUUGUAGACUACCUAUCUAUACAUUAAGCUAAGAUUUUAGCUGUUGUAGGCUUUUUUGGUCGAAACGCUCACCUUCUACUUCUUCGGGUUUUUCUCUACCCGUUGAAUAUAUAUUUUAUUGCUUCCACCUAAACGCAGUCCUCCCUGUAUUUUUACUGUAAAAUUUAUGGGAAGGUCUGAGAUUGCUCAGAGAAUUUCUGGUCUCACUUUUGGGUGGUGCCUAUUGGUGUUUUUGUUUUGUUUAGGUAUAUGACUCAUCUCUUCAGUUGUUUUUUUUUUUCUGCAUCUAUCAUCUUUUCAACCAUAUAUCGGUAACUAGCGCUAGUGCUGUUGGUGUUUUAAAAGCGCCCUCUAGUCUUUUGAAAUCAGUAUAGUUCUUUCACGUUUCCUUUGAGUUAUGCUUCUUUCAUAUUAUUGAUAUUCUUCAGAUUAUUGAAAUAAGUUCUUUAGUAUGUUUAAAACUUUUUUUAUUUAAAAAAAAACAACACUUUUUCCGAUAUUAUAUAUUCUGUGUAUGCUGCCGAAUUCUCUAUUCUCGAUCUACUUUGUAUGCACUUUAAAUCUUUUGGCUCUCAUAUCUUCUGGGUGUAUUUUUAACUUAUCCGCGUGAUAUCCCUACUGCGUCGGUAGUUUUAUACUCCCCAAACCCCGCAAACCAAACAACAACAAAAAAAAACAAAAACAAAGUUAAUUUCAGGGCAUGUUUAACUCCCUAUUCCCAUGGGCUUCACUGUCCGUUUCUCCUUGCAGUUCCAGAGCUCUUCAUCUUUAAAUUAAAGGAAGAAUUUAUUCUAUUUCUCCUAUUGCUUUUAGAGAAUCUUAACAAUGCACUUCCCUCGCUGGUUUUUUUUUUAGAUUUGUUCCUGAUUCCUUAGUUUCAUUUUUUUUUCCGUUUCAUCGCGGAGGACUGCUUUUUAGGUGAAGGAUAUACAUGUAUUGCUAACAUACCCGAAACAUAAAUGAUGCUGCUUGCCUUCAUUUUCAAAAAAAAUUAAAUUAAAUUAAAACGAAAUGAAUUCCACUCUUUCAGGCUUCAGUCAAUGGCAAUUUUUUCGUCAGUUUCAACCAUCGCUUGAAGACAGGAGAGUGCAACAACUUUCUGAUCAUCAAACAAGAUGUUGACGUGACCGACGUCAAGUUCGGUUAACUGGUUUAACCAACCAUCUGCCAUUGUGGCGGGGGAAACAAGGAGUGUAUGCCUCUAGUAUAAAAAAAAAAUUAUUUACAUGCGUUACCAUCUAUUUCAGUUCAUAUCGUUUACAUUUUAUUUGAAAAAUAAUAAAAGUUCGUCUUGUGUUUAAGUGCUAAAAAUUUAUUGUCAAUUCCCUCAGGUCUGUUUCCCGACAUUUGAAAUAUCAAUAAAGAAAAUUAUAUU